CAUCUUGACCACAUGUGAGUACUAUUUUCUUCCUACAGUUUUUCGUACGUUUAAUCAAUAAUAAGUUAUAGCGGUGGUUACAGUUUUAAAAACGAAGAAUUAACGGCCGUAAGAAAUAGUUUAAUAACGACUCGUGUGUGACUGAAAUUGUGAGUUUGUAAGGUUAGAAAGUGAAUAAAAAUGGCUGACAUUGAAGACACCCACUUCGAAACUGGCGACUCUGGGGCCUCCGCCACUUACCCAAUGCAAUGCUCAGCCCUACGUAAAAAUGGUUUUGUUAUGUUAAAAGGACGACCUUGCAAGAUUGUGGAAAUGUCUACAUCUAAGACAGGAAAACAUGGACAUGCAAAAGUUCACUUAGUCGGAAUAGAUAUUUUUACAGGUAAAAAAUAUGAAGAUAUUUGUCCCUCAACUCAUAAUAUGGAUGUACCACAUGUAAAACGUGAAGAUUACCAACUCACAGAUAUCUCAGAUGAUGGAUAUCUAUGUUUAAUGGCAGACAAUGGAGACCUUCGUGAAGAUCUGAAGGUGCCUGAGGGUGAAGUAGGCCUGCAGCUUCGUGCUGAGUAUGAUUCUGGCAAAGAUAUUUUGUGUACUGUGCUCAAAUCUUGUGGCGAAGAGGUGGUAAUUGCUGUGAAGACAAACACUGCCUUAGAUAAAUAAUGGGCAGCUUGUGGCGAGGGGGGUGCGUCGAUUUUAAGAAAUAAUAAUAAAUUAAUUUCCCAUUUCCUUCAUUACCACCACCUCUACAACCACCACUUCUGGCACCCUUCUCGUGUUCCAUAAUAAUAACCGAAUAAUAAUAACAAUAAAACAACAAACAA